CCAUGUCACUGCAUCCACUUGAGAGCGGACUCGAUCUGGCUGUUGGGACGCUGUCACUGGGCUCGCUGGAGCGACGUGUAGCAGCCGCUCUGUUCGCUGAGUCCGAGGCAGAGAGCCACUGGCGGGCGGCUGGAACCAUCGCAGUGUCUGUCACGCGUGAGAGCGGAAUCGCGUUCGUCGAGACGGCGCACCAGCGCAACCUGCCUGUUGUGGCCAUUGUGAAUGAGGUGAUAUAUCCAGAGAAGAUUGCAUUGCACAAGCUGGAGCGAAGUGGUGUGCGUGUUAUUCGACUACCCGCGGAGGGCAUGCGCAGUCUCACGCCCAGCCUUGUCACCGAUUUGGUGGCACGCGUCACAGCCGGACAGCCCAGCGACGUGCCUGUGCGCUUCUUGCUUGAUCCCGUCAACACCACCCCACUGACCAAGGCGGUGCAAGCUGCAACGGCGGGUCUGCUCGGUGAACUCAAGCUCCCGGCGGAGGUUUCUGCGGCGAUUGCGAUUGGCGUUGAACUGCCGCACACGCUGCUCUCCACCUUGAUCGUGCAGACCUUGCGCGAGAGACUCUCGGUUGCCGGUUCCACCCUCAUUGUGGCUGAGCUGGGUGCUCCACGACCUGGGGACUCUGACGAGACGACCAUCCGCGUCGCCCCUUCAGAUGCCGCAAUCGCCCAGUCUGUCUUGCAGAAGCAAGUACCCGCUGCUGCCCAAGCAGUCGGGCUUUUGACAGGGGCUGCUCUUGUUGCUCUUCGCUCCGUUUCGCACCCGCACCAAAAGAUUGCCUUGGCGUGCGAUGGGGAUGCAGCUGUUUCGCAAGCUCCUCCGUCAACCAACCCGGCCAGCAAAUACCGCGGUGCAGCAGUCGAAGAUCUCAACCUGCCCGUCCCCGUCACGGCCUCUCAGACCAUUGCUAUCGGGGCUGCGCUCGCAUUAAUGGACGAGCAUGAUUUUGACAAUUUGCCAGUGCUGGAUGCGAAAAAACGACUUGUUGGCUUGCUCACGCGAGAAAAACUCGAGGCUCGCGUUCGGGCUGCUCCUUCCACCGCAGAAGCAGAGCAGGUGACUCCCGCCAUGUAUUACUCGUUCUCUCGCAAGCACCGGUAUGUGCCCAUUCAACUGGACACUCCCCUCGAGGUUCUCGAGCAGUUCUUCACGCAGCACAGCAUUGCCUUUGUGACGGACGAUAACGGUUGGUGUGUGAGUCUCGCCACUCCUGCCGAUCUGCAGCUCUACCUUUCCAAGCGCAUCAUGCUGUAAGGCGUCUGUCUACUUGCAGUGUUGCAGUCUGAUGGAGCUGUGGCUGUCAUGAAUUGUCAGGAUAGAUAUUUGCCAUUUAAGAAUUGUUGGUUGUUCUUAACCCCCCCCCCUCCUCCCCAUUAAAGCCCUGUUGUACAAUG